CAGAAUAGCAAACCUGAAACUAGCCGAUACACACGUGACACAGUUCAUAAAGACACAUGUGCCAAGCGUCGUGCCCCCCUGGCCCCUGAGGAGAUCAUGAACAAUUCAUCCGGUGACACAGAAUCAUCUGUUUCUGAAUCACGUACUUCAUCCUUUCAAACGAAGAAACCGCAAGUCCCAGCGAAACAGGACAAGCUCAAAGUAUACGACUUGCGACGAACUACACCAAGACAGUUGAAACAACAGCAGAAUCGGAACACAGGAACCGAUUCUCAAAAAAGUGCUCCAGUAAACGUGGUCGAGAAAUCGACAACUGUUUUGUCCAAAUUCGAGAAGCAGGCUUCAAUCGAACAAUUGGGACUUAAUAAAAAUCCGGGAGAAUUUGCCUCAAGCCUCAUUCGUAAUGCGAGUUGCCGAAUUCGGUCGACUUGGUCAAAACUAAAGCGCUCCAACAGUGGUCAUUCUACUGCAGAAAAACCAUCUUAUCCUAAGGUAACCAGUCCAGGACCCCGCAGAUCCUCAGAUCCUUCAGCUGUUGUUCUGGAACGGGAAACUUUCAAAACAGAUGAUGAAAUUCCAACUCCGAGUGGAAUUGUAACCCCAAAGACGACGGCGCCGUGUACAAACGUAAGCGAAACUCGGAAACCAGUCACGAAAUCGGAUAUGUACUUCGACAACAGAGAUAAUCAGCUCGCUAAAGAAGCUUCUUCCCUCCCGCCUGGGUGUAGUCAGUGGUCUACCAGGCUCGGUCCACCACCUCCUCCCCCUGUUUCCCCCACUCGGUCUGCACCGGCUCCUCGUGUGCUGCCAAUUUUCCAAGGAUUAUAUCAUCCAGGGAAACCGGAACAACCUUCCACCCCUCCCGCCAAUUAUGACAUCACUCACGAGUGGAAGUCACCCCCCUUGGGAUCCGCAUUUUGCUCACUGCCCGUUGGAGAUUCGGACAAUCUGAACUUACUGACUGACGAUUGUGUCGAUGUUGGAGAAUUGGGUCGCAUCAAUUAUCGAACGGGUAGUUUUAUGGGUCGAUAUCCUCAUCCCAGAGGUCAGCAAGCUAGCCAAGUCGUAAGCGCCCAACUUUAUUUGCAUCGCAACCUCACCCAAACUACACCAUCCCGGCUCUCACCGAGUAGACCGUUGUUUCUCUCUCCUUACCAAGCAUCGUCUUCCGGAAAUACAACUAGGUCAGCUCCUUCACCCAGUCUCUGCUCAAUGACCUCUGCCUCGAUCCCAACUGUUCCAAAUGCCAGUAUGCUGCAGGCUACAGCGUAUUUGAAUUCCACGUUGCCUGACUCAGGGAGGAUGCAUGCUGUUGUAGCAAGUUCGCCCAAGACAGAUUCGAAUGCUCUGUCGUUUCAAGAACUUGAUCCUGUGUUAGACCGUCUGCUAUCUGAUGUGUCCAGUAUAGAAAAUUAUCGAUCGGCACUGCGAUAUCAAGCCACCCCAACCCGUUCCACGUCCCUCAAACCCAGCCGAGUGUUCUUGUCCUCCAGCGAAAGAAUGCCCAACGGCCACCAACCGUACCCUACUUCUGUUGGAAUUCGGCCGAUUUCUAGUGGUUCUAGUGACCCAGGCUCUAUGGCUAGACGAUCGUCUUCAUCCACUUUGGCUCCAUCUCACGAAAGACUGGAUGAGCAACUUCGCCAACAAAUCACUGACUUGAUUCAUUUGGAAUUCGCAUACCAGCAUCCCCAGCUUACGACGCCACGAAUAGAAAUAAAAGAUACACCGGAGGUGUUAGUCACAACACCCAAUCAACCCCGACUUUCAGAACCUAGUGUCGACAUAGAGGACGACCGUAAGUCCGAUAUAAUCAGACGAAUAAGCCGAUAUCAUCCUUUCCGGUGGUCCAGCGGUGCUCGUACAGGCACAAAGGAAUCGCGUAAAUACGACAGUUCUAUUCGGCCUCAACCGAGAAUUCGGAUUGAGAAAACACCGUCCAAUUUGGUGGAGUCUGGCAGUGUUGAUCGCCUGACACAAGCCGGAAAGCGGCAACCCAUUGUAUCCACCGAACCGACAACUAACACGACAGACGAAUCAUCACCACCGACCACACAACUAGAUUCUGGAUUUUGGUUUGAUUCCGAAGGUGCGGAGCGCAUAUCCCUCUGGCAACUGAAUGCCCAUCAAUUGGCUCUUCUGCGCAAGCUGGCACUCGUUCAGCUGACAUCGUUGGUGGAGAAGUAUUGUGGUAGCCGUUCCCUGUUUAACUGGAGGCUGUUAAAGUCUCGAAGCCCGGGCAACGCCCCUGAACCCGCACCUAAGAAUGUGCCGAACAGCACUGCCCAGUCUGUACAAGGCAUACGAGUUCCGGAACAGUCUGCGGAACCAGUAGACAUAGGGCGACCAGUACAAGUCACAACAGCGACAACGAUCAACAAACUGCCGGUCAAACGUGCUGCAAAUACCGUUGGCCUUGAAAGGCGGAUCAACUACACUGGACCAGUGUUUGGCCAGUCUCUGGAAAGCUGGCAACGUCGAACAGGCUAUCCACUACCACCGGCGAUAAUCAACAUGAUGGAACAUAUCGAGACUGUCGGAGCGACUGCACAUGGAAUAUUCCGGCGUCCGGGUCGCAAGGACCGAAUACAGGGUUUGCGUGAAGAGCUUGAAAAAAACUUGUACUGGAACGACUUCGAGGAAUGGCAACCGUAUGACGUGGCCGACUUGCUGAAACAGUUCUUCCGUGAGCUUCCCGAAUGCCUCCUGACGGACAAAUUAUCCCUCCUGCUUGUCAGUGUUUAUGGGAGUGUACCAGCCAAUACGCAAAUGGACCUGCUACGUUGGAUUCUGCUUGGAAUGCCAGAUGAGAACCGUACGGUCCUGCAGAAGCUCUUGUACAUUCUCCACAGUCUAGUGCGACACGCACAUAUCACACAGAUGGGCGCAAGCAACCUGGCCGUAUGCUUUGCACCCUCUCUUUUUCGAUUCGCCAGUUCAUCCAGCCCUCCGAGCACAAGUGCUGGUCUAAGUCCCCGACGUCUUAGACGUACCAAGAGUGGGCCCGACCCGAAAGACUUGGCAGACCAAAGAACGGCCCAACACAGCUUGUCUGCCAUGAUCACCCAUGCUCCAACUCUUUUCGAAAUUUCGACAGAAAUACUUCGGCGAGUUCAUCUUUUUCCAAGCCAUCUAGAACCUCGUGACCUUGACCUGAUAAUUCCGGGUAGCGAUUGGCCUACUUGGAUUCAGACGGAACUUGGACGACUCAGUCGUGAAUGUGCCAGUCCAAAGCCCAAAGGAUGGACAGCACUCAGUCGUGAGGCAUGGAAAUCCUACCAGUCUGGCUCGGGCGCAGGCGAAUCAUUGGAUGGACUGGAGAUUUACUUCAGAAAACCAACUGAACUGGCUUCUGUACAGAACGAUCCUCAGUUGCGUACAUGGCGGUGUUCGCUAGUCAUUCCAGAAAGCAAUCCGAAGAAAAUUCUCGACCAUUACUGGAGCCGAAGAACUUCGUGGGACCCAGAUAUUCAACAGGUUCAGGUAGUCGAGCAGAUUUCCGACUGUGUUGAUAUCUGCCGGUUCGUCCAUACAGUUACAUUCCCUUUACCAGUGACCCAGUUUCACGUUCUUCGAGGACGACAAAGCUCCUUGGUGGAUGGGUGUUGCGCCAUAAUUUGUGAAUCCGUCUCAUCAGUUGGGGGCGACAAUGUGCUCACAACCGACACAGCGAUUGGCCAUAUUUAUGAAGAUCACGUCUAUGUGCGACCUCAGCCCGAGACUAACGGAUGUCGCGUCUACCUGCUUUCACGAGUGGACCUGAAGGGCCAUACUCCAGAUUGGUAUACCAAACACUGGGGACAUACCUUAGUCCGACGUCUAAUCAACCUCAGGCGAUCCUUUGAUCCAGCACAACAGCGAUGAGUGGGAAUCACUACAUCAAUCAAUCUGGACUCAUCUCGAGACGAACGAUGAACACUUCUCAGACCAUACAUACGGCAUCUUCGGAGCUAACUGCUCAAUUUGCUCAAUUGCCACUGAUUGAUUUCAUGAUCCUAACAGAAGUUGUACACAGUUCCCCGCCUUCUCCGCACAGAAAGUUUUACCCAAUAGCCCAAUUAUUGUAUAAUAUCAAUUCGGAUUCCCUCUUUUCAGAUCAACUACUAGCUGUGUGCAAUGUUCAAAAAUGCUUGUAUACGCCUCCUCCAAUUCAUCAGGUUGCUUUGAUGUGUUCUGACCACCAGAUAUUGAUUUUUUUCGUAUCUUCCGUGUCCCUCAGCUGGCUUUUUCCCAUCCAUUGAGAGAUGGGAACCUCAACCACUUUCAGAUCUGUCUUUCUUUUGGAUCAGUAACGCCAGCCAAACAGUUACAUUUGUCACUCUCCGCUAUGACGUACAAUUUUAACAAUGCUAAAUUAUUCUCGACUUUCUUCGAGUACCACUCACUCGCUGUUGUUGCUGUUGUUGUCGUGGGACACUUCGUGGCUUUCGUCACACACACACACACACACAUCCCGGAUACCAACACUUGCCGUUGACCAACCCGGAUCGCACAACAAUAACCUAUUUUGCCAAUACUUUAUUGCGCUAUCGGAGACUCCGGUCGACUGGUGUCUUUCUUUUCUACUGAACCCGAUUAUUUAUAUUUUUCUUAUCGAUUAUGCCACGCGGACGUUCGAGUCCUCACUCGCCAUGCCCUGGCUGCCAGCGAUAGGACACGCUUGGUCACGCUUGUGCACCAGGUGUGGUGUUUUUCCACCUAUGUCGAUUAAAAUGCAG